GAAGUUCAUAUGGAAUGGCAUCACGUGGGCCGUCAUCGCCGUCGACGCUGCCGAUCGCGAUAGCGAUGGCCGCCGUGAUGACAGUCGUGGCUAGUGGCCUCUGCCCGGCGCGAUGCCGAUGCGACGACGAGAGCCUACGGGUCUCGUGCGCCUACGCCGGCCUCGAGGUCGUGCCGAUCCAGCUGAACCCGGAGAUCCGCCACUUGGAUCUGUCCAACAAUCGCGUGACCAACGUCCACCUCACCUUCGGCUUCUACGGGAACCUGGAGAGCCUCGACCUGAGCUCGAAUCUCCUUCACACGUUAGGCCUGGAGAACUUCGGCAUGCAGCAGAACCUGAUCGCGCUUAACAUCAGCAACAACAUGAUCCACACUUUAGCGAGGACCGCCCUGGACGGAUUGACGUCCCUGAAGGAACUGAAUCUGGCCGGCAACAAUAUCUCGGAGAUAUCCGAGCAGGCGUUCAAGUCCACCAGCGAGCUGGAGGUGUUGGAUCUGAGCGACAACUCGAUCACG